AUGUCGGUAGAUCUAUCUUUAUACCUGGUUACGGACUCGACUCCGGCCAUCCUCAAAGGCAGAGACCUGUGCACGGUAGUAGAGCAGGCCAUCCAAGGAGGCGUAACGGUAGUGCAAUACCGGGAUAAAUCCAAUGACACCGGGGCCUUGGUGGAAACCGCCCGGAAAUUGCACCAAGUGACCAAAAAGUACAAUGUGCCUCUCUUGAUCAAUGAUCGAGUGGAUGUGGCUCUCGCCAUUGGAGCCGAGGGUGUGCACCUGGGUCAAGAUGAUAUGACAAAGCAGCUACUACCUAAGGAUGCCAUCAUCGGAAUCAGCACAUCCACCGUCGAGGAGGCUAAAAAGGCCGUUGCGGAUGGCGCUGACUACCUCGGAAUUGGGACUAUGUUUGCGACCCCCACGAAAACGAACACCAAGUCAGUCAUCGGCACAGCGGGUACUCAGAUUAUCCUGGAUGCCAUCAAAUAUUCUUCAGUGGGCACUGUUUCCAUCGGUGGCAUUAACCACUCCAAUGUGCAGAGGGUGAUCUACCAGUCCAAGUCCCCUCAGAAAUCAUUGGACGGUGUGGCCAUUGUCAGCGCAAUCGUGGCAGCCGAUGACCCCAAAGCAUCUGCCCAAAAGUUCGCUGAACUCAUCAAUAAUGCCCCUCGCUUUGCGUUGGCCUCCAACCCUUCUCGCGCUAAUGAGACAGAGGCGUUGAUCAACGAUGUUCCCCAAGUCAUCCGCAAGAUGGUCGAGGUGCAUCCUUUAGUACACAACAUGAUUAACUUCGUCGUGUCAAACUUUGUGGCCAAUGUUGCGCUCUCAAUUGGCGCAUCUCCCAUCAUGUCGCCAUACGGAGACGAAGCCACAGACUUGUGCAAAUUUGACGGUGCUCUUCUCAUCAACAUGGGCACCUUGACCAGCGAGAGUGUCUCUAAUUACCUCAAGGCCAUCAAGGCAUACAACGAGCGUGGUAACCCGGUAAUCUACGACCCCGUGGGCGCAGCCGCGACCCAAAUUCGUCGUAGCGCAGUCACCCAACUCAUGGCCGGAGGUUACUUUGAUCUGAUCAAGGGCAACGAAGGUGAAAUCCGACAGGCUUGGGGCAGUGGUGCCGUCCAGCAGCGCGGUGUCGACAGUGGACCGAGCACUCUAGACGGUAACCAGAAGGCUACAUUGGCACGAGACCUGGCUCGUAGGGAACGAAACGUUGUUCUCAUGACUGGUGCCACAGACUACCUGAGCGACGGCGAACGCGUCAUUGCCGUCGAGAAUGGCCACCCAUUCUUGGGCCAAGUAACCGGAACCGGCUGCGCCAUUGGCACAAUCUCGGGUUGCUUCCUCACUGCCCACCGCUCGGACAGACUUCUCGCCGUGCUGUCUGGCAUUCUCAUGUACGAGAUUGCAGCUGAGAAUGCUGCGUCUAAAGAGUAUGUUCGCGGCCCGGGUAGCUUUGUGCCCGCCUUUCUCGAUGAGCUCUAUGCCAUCCGCACUGCCGCCGCACAAGGCGACGAUAGUUGGUUCGUUGGCCGGGCCAAAGUACACGAGGCAAUCCCGCGCUUUUCAUCUGCGACGUGCAAGAAAAGUUCCGCGGGAUCUACGAGUUCCCAAAACUGUACACACCUCAAACCCACCAUCCACUUCCAUCCUAACCCGAACAGGAUCUCAACAACGGACAAAAUGCUCCGCGCAGCAAACACCCUCAACAUACCCGUCUACAUAACCACCCAAAGCCGCGCCAAACUAGGCCCCACCGUCUCCGAGCUCUCACCCCAAAUAACAGGCCCAAACAUCCGCGCCGACAUAGACAAAACCCUCUUCUCAAUGGUGACUCCCGAAAUCGAGAAAUUGCUUCCGCCCUCGUUGGAUGUGAUUAUCGUUGGCAUCGAGACUCAUAUCUGUGUUACGCAGACGACGCUGGAUUUGUUAGAGCGGGGACAUAGAGUUUAUGUUCUGGUUGAUGGGGUCAGUAGUAUGAAUGCCGAGGAGAGGGGGAUUGCGCUUGCGCGGUUGAGGGAUGCUGGGGCCAUUGUUACGAGUAGUGAGAGUAUUUUGUUUGAGAUUAUUGGGGAUGCGAGUCAUGAGGGGUUUAAGGCUGUGAGUGGGAUUGUGAAGGAGACGAAGGAGAGUACGAAGGGGGCUUUGGGGGCUUUUUCUAAGAUUUAG